AUGAGCUACAUAUAUUUCGAUGGAUAAUAAAUUGGAAUAUAAAUUCCACCUCUACCAUUUCGCCCCGAAUAUACUAUUGAACAUAUGUAUCAAUAUUUACAGUAAAACCUAAUUGAUAUAUCUCAAUGUUCCUUAUCAUGUGAUGGAUAAUCACCUUUAAACCCAAAAGACAAUACAUCAAUUGCAUACUAUAUAUAACAAAAUUAAUGUUCGUUCACAAUUAUCUAAAUAUAACCACUUGUUAGUAUUUUUUUUGGAGAAUAAUAAAUACUUUAAUAAGCACUGCCGGACAUGAUAAUAACUGAAAUAUUGAACCAUCUGUAAUCAUAAGGCUUUGCUUUUCCAUAAAAUGUUGCGCUAGAUUUUUAUGAUGAGAACUAAUUGUUAAUAGCUUAAGAUGUUGAUAUCAAUUCGAACUUGUAUAAUUACACCUAAGGAAAUUAAGUUGUUUUAAUAAACAUUAGAUAAGUUUAAUCAUAUAAUUAACAAAAAUAAGUUAUUAAAGUUCCAUCCAACAUAACAAAUUUGCCUGCUUAGGAUCUACUUUAAUAAUUGAUUUUACUAAAGAAUUUAAGUUUGCUGAUUGAUCCAAAUAAUUAAUUUGUUGUUUAUAAAUUCCAUUUCCCAACUUUGGUUUAAGGAUACUUAUAAAAAUCAAAAGGCAAGGAUCCAGAACAUUGUACUUAAUUUAAUUGGUAGGGUUAAGAUUGGGUUGAGAAAAAUUCUAUAAAAUAUUGUUCUUUUGAUGAUUAUGGAUUUGCUAUUUUGUGGGAGGAUGGAAAUCUAAGUUAUGUGAAAAUCGAAUAAUAAUGA